CAAAGCAAACUCAACAGUGGGCGCCAAGUGCACAUUUUUUCUCCUCUCUGUCAAUGCUUUCCAAAUCUCUCUCCUCAGCAUUGAACUCUCUCUCUCUCUCCUCCCUCCCUCUAUCCUCUCUCUCUCUCUCUCUCUCUCUCUCUCAGUCCUCCUCUGCCUCCAUUGUCAUUGACUUUAAUCUCUCGCCUUCUCUCUCUGUCUGAAUUGGUACAAGUAAAUUCCAUUUUUGCAUUCAUUGAGCAAAACCAAGAGAGGAUUUUCUCCCAAAUCGGUGUUCUUUGAUACAUUUGGUUAAAGUCCUUUUGGUUUUAGAAGGAAAUUAAGGGUUUUGAAUUUGGCAGAAGCCAUGGCAGCUCCUAAACCAGAAGAGAUAAGCCAUCCAGCAAUGGACCAACUCCAAGGCUUAGAGUACUGCAUUGACUCAAAUCCCUCUUGGGGGGAAGCAAUUGCUUUGGGGUUCCAGCACUACAUUUUGGCUCUAGGAACUGCUGUGAUGAUCCCAUCAUUCCUUGUUCCUUUGAUGGGUGGUGAUGAUGGUGACAAAGUGAGAGUAGUGCAGACUCUACUUUUUAUUCAAGGAAUCAACACCCUUCUACAAACUUUGUUUGGAACCCGAUUGCCAACCGUAAUUGGAGGGUCUUACGCUUUCAUGGUCCCGAUAAUAUCCAUAAUUCACGAUUCACGGUUGAUGAAGAUUGAGGACAAUCAUGUGAGAUUCCUUGACACCAUGAAAGCAGUCCAAGGUGCUCUGAUAGUAGCUUCAAGCAUACAAAUUGUUCUGGGAUAUAGUCAAAUUUGGGCCAUCUGUUCCAGGUUCUUCAGCCCGCUUGGAAUGGUUCCGGUUAUUUCCUUGGUGGGUUUUGGCCUGUUUGAUAGAGGCUUCCCCGUGGUUGGAAAGUGUGUAGAAAUUGGCAUUCCCAUGCUUAUCCUUUUCGUAGCUUUCUCUCAGUACCUAAAGAACUUCCAUGCAAGACAGCUACCAGUUUUAGAACGAUUUGCUCUUCUUAUAUCAAUCACAGUGAUAUGGGCAUAUGCACACCUCUUGACCGCCAGUGGUGCAUACAAACACCGCCCAGACAUAACCCAAGUCAAUUGCCGAACUGACAGGGCCAACCUCAUUUCUUCUGCUCCAUGGAUAAAAGUACCUUAUCCUCUUCAAUGGGGUGCCCCAACCUUCGAUGCUGGUCAUGCUUUUGGAAUGAUGGCAGCUGUUCUUGUUUCAUUGAUCGAGUCAACUGGAGCAUACAAGGCUGCAUCGCGUCUAGCAAGUGCCACAAUACCUCCAGCUCAUGUUCUUAGCCGUGGAAUUGGCUGGCAGGGGAUAGGAAUCCUACUUAAUGGACUUUUUGGAACGUUGACUGGCUCAACAGUCUCUAUAGAAAAUGUGGGGCUUCUUGGGAGCACUCGUGUUGGAAGCCGUAGGGUCAUUCAAGUCUCAGCGGGUUUUAUGAUAUUCUUCUCCAUGUUAGGUAAAUUUGGAGCUCUGUUUGCAUCAAUACCCUUCACCAUAUUUGCUGCUGCAUAUUGUGUAUUGUUUGGUCUUGUCGCUUCGGUGGGGUUAUCCUUUUUGCAAUUCACAAACAUGAACUCGAUGAGGAACCUCUUUAUUGUUGGUGUAGCGUUAUUCUUGGGUUUAUCUGUUCCUGAGUACUUCAGAGGUUACACUUUGAAGGCUUUUCACGGUCCUGCUCAUACCAAUGCAGGAUGGUUCAACGAUUUUCUGAAUACCAUCUUCUCCUCAUCUCCGACUGUGGCCUUGUUUGUUGCUGUUUUCCUGGAUAACACACUUGAGUACAAGGACAGUGCAAGAGACAGAGGAAUGCCAUGGUGGGUCAAAUUUCGGCAAUUCAAAGGGGACAGCCGCAACGAGGAGUUUUACACUCUCCCUUUCAACCUCAACCGAUUCUUCCCUCCAUCUUGAAGUGGCACCGUUAGUAGUCCAUUACCCGAAAAGAUGGUUAGAGGAAAAACAUCUUUUCCCAUAGGGAUUAGAUCAGUUAGGAGCACAGUGGAAGCAAAGCCAGACAAUGCUCAUACAUGUUCUCUGAAAUGCAGGGAAAUGACAACAGUGCUUCUGCUGCCCUAUAAUUUUAAUAUUUAUAUUUUGACUCGGAUUAUUCGGGUUUAAUCCAAUAUGUAUAAUUAGUUCAGUUUUGUUCAUCC